AUGGCAUCUUGGAGAAGCAGAGAGCUCAAUGAGCCAUCGAAGCAAUGGGGUCGUCUUAAGCCCGCGCAGAUAGACCCCUUAGAGGAGAUGGGUCUGCCAUCCAAGAGCGAAACGAGGUUGAAGAGCGCCAAAGCGCAAGAAGGCUAUUAUCAGCUCAUUGCCGAGCGGUACUUGAGCUUCUGCUCUGAAGCAGGAGAGCGUGAUGAGCUUCUCCGGCGGUUCUCGUCGCUCGGCCUGGAAUCCAGCAACCGAAAAAAAGACGACAAGUGCAGCCUGUUAAUUCCUGAUACCACCAGUGCCGAGUCGCUACGAGAACCGUCCAACACGAAAACUCUGUCAAUCAUCAUGUCAGCCCUCCGAAAACUACGUGAAGGUAUUGUGGCUUCUAAGCGCACCGAUGACUUUGCCAUCCAAGUCUACUUGUUCUGUAUCCGCCUCGCAGUUCUCGUCAAACAGCCGGAAUCAUAUCAUGCCGCCAUACUUCACUUGCUUCGGAAAAUUCACCCCAAGCAGAAUCUGACGAUGAUUGAGUUGCAAGAGGUUGUAGCAUACCUGAUUCUGGACACGGCAUGCCGCCGAAGGGAACUCUCAGAGGCUUAUUCGCUACGACAAAGAUACGCACUCCGUGAUAAAAAAGUGAAUGAUGCGCUUUACGCUUUGGCGCAUGACAACUUUAUCCUCUUUCAUCGGGUGCGCAGAGCAGUGGAUGGUCAUCGGGCAAGGAUCAUGGAGUGGGCAGAACCAGAGCUGCGCCUGCACACACUCAAAUGCUUUGGACGCGCAUACUUGGGCGUCAACUUGAAGUACUUGGAAACGGCAACAAGUUCAGAAUGGGACGAGCUAAAACGAAGAGACGGUGUGGGUUGGGAACUAGACGGAGCAAACGUAACUGAUAAGGCGGCAUCAGUGCUACUAUCCGACUUUCGCACCGCCUGGCCACUACAAACUGGUGACGAAACGGUUUUGAUUAAAGUCAAAGACGAGGAAUUCAGUGUCCACAGGGCAGUCCUCAGUCAGCACUCGGAUUACUUUCGAGCAGCGGGAAAGACGUGCUAUGACGAAUCCGGAGGCGAAAUCGCGUUCGAUAACAUCGACCCAAAGUAUUUUGCUUUAUUCCUCGGAGUGGCAUACAGCUACUCCUCUAUAAUACCUCAUACGACGCCUGCUCCUGCAGCAAAUCCAGAAGCACAGUCCCAAAGAACGCCGAUGCGAGAUUAUGUCGAAGUGUACAAGUUGUGCGACCGCUUCAUUUGCCCAACUAUAGCCGCUUAUAUCAUACGUUGUAUUCAUGCGUUGAUCGGCGACCGUCACAGAGCACUGUAUCGUUCAUCACUCGAUAAGGCGCAGCAAAUAUGGUGCACAAAGGACUUUGCCGAUGCCUUUGAAGCCCUCGAGCUGAAUCAUGUCGAGCAACAGAGGCUUGGCAACCUGAUGAUUGAAUAUUUCUGCGAGGGGUUGUAUCAUCGGUCAUGGGGAGCGACAGAAAAAGAAAUGCAGAAGCGGCCAGCCUUUGUGCUACGAGUCUCAUGCUAUUUUGCCUCGAAGCUCGCGCUUCUAGCAGAACAACGGACUAAAUUGAAGCGAAAGGAGCUGAAGAUGCCGACCUCGGGGGAGUGA